UCACAAGCUAUCCGGAGGUUUUUUGUCCUUGCAUUGGUUCUCCCAGCGAUCCCACCAGACAUCAUGAACCGAUCUCUGUCAUCCAAAACCCUCGCUAGGCUACUGUUCUCCGCAAAUUCUUCUCCCUCCUCAUCGCCCUCUAUAUCUCAAUUCACCCAGAGCUACCCCGAACCCAGCGAGGAAACCCAUGGUGCCGAACCUACCUCCAGCCAACCCCAGGACCCCGAGCAUACGUAUCCCAACAGUGAAGCCGCUGCAUUUCAAGACUCAUCCAUCGAUGAUUCUAUUGUUUUCCAACGCCCAACGAGACCUCCAACAGAGCAAGAUAGAGAGAAAGCGCGGCGGAGACGGCAGGCGGAAAAGAAACUGAGAAAGGACGAAGAGAAGAUACAGGAGAGGAAACAGAUGCUGGCGGAGGAGAAGCGCAGGGAGGAAAAUGAAGCCAGGAAGUUGAAGCGCCAGAGUGAACGGGAAGGGGAGAAGAAGGAGAAGAAAUGA